AUGGAUUUCUGUACACUGGGUUGUGUGUUUGUUGAAACAAGUGAAGGAAGGAAGGAGGAGGAGGAGUAA